AUGGACUCUUCAAAGAUGGAUCAAAUACGACAAGGCCUUUUGUCAAUAAAAUGGGGACAAUCACCAGGAAUGACUCCGCCGAGUACACCAUUUGAAAAGAAAGAUGGGAUGAAGCAAGACAAAAAAGCGUCGGAUCUUGUACAUAUGACAAAAGGAAGGGCACAUCCACGCUCUCGAAGACCCCCAAAACAAGUUUCACAAACAUCGGAAACAAAGUCUGCCACAAGUGUGUUGAAUGACAAGGAUCAUUCAAUUGAGAAGCAACGAGAAGUCACUCUUACAAGUAAAUUUAAUGGAAAAGAAAAAGAAGAGCAAGUUGAAAUACGUAAGGAGGAAAUUGUGAUCAAGCCGACCCAGCAACCCAAGAGUGCAUCAGGCUCUGUGCUAGAGCCUGCAUUAGUAGCUGAUAAAGAUUCGGUUCAAGAGAAAGAUCGCGUAUACAAAUCUGAAGAUUCCUUGGACAAGGAGGAGAAACAAGAAAACUCGGAAGAAGCAAAAGAAAAAGAGACACUCGAAAGUAUAAAAGGAAGUGUUUCGAAAAAUAAAAACCGUUUUGAACAAAUUGAUACUUCAGCAUCAAUAGGAACACACUCUUUGGCAUCAGAAGAAUCAAGUACAAGCGGCAAGGUUUCAGAACAAGUUACCAGCGAGAGUUCUCAUUCAGUAAAUCCGUCGAAAACGGACGAGACGACGAAAUUUAAUCAUUCUUCAGAAGAAAAUGUCAAUGAUUUAUCAAUUCCCAAACAACGGGCUUCCAUAGAGACAUCUUUUGCAACUAAAGUGUCUCCUCUCGCUUCGAGCCACCUGUCCCAAAACCUUCUGGACAAAGACAAAGAUAAAAACGAAGAUGUUGGAAGAAACACGAAGAUUCGAGAGCUGAAAAAAAGGAUCGCAAGUUUACAGCAAGACACUGCUGCGUCUUCCGCACCCUCAUUUCUUAGCAAAUCCCGCCAUGCUUCGUCCAUCUCUUUACCCUCAACCAAAACACCAAGCAGCGAUAGCACAAUACGACGAGUUACCCCACAAUCUCGUUUGGAAGCUGUAAAGGUAAUUCCGAACUAUAACGAGGAAUUGAUGGGGCAUACUUCUCCCCAAAAAUCUGGAGAAUUAAGAUCUUUCGCGUCGGUUACUCCAGCCAAUAAAGAGCAACCAUCGCCUGAACCAGUUGAAGUAAAAAAACCAGGCAAAGAUGAGGUAACUAAGCUAUUGAAGAGUCGUAUACCAGAAUUUAAUCAGUUUACUGGUCCCAGUCAAGCCUGUAGUGAGGCGCUAUUAGCCAGAUGGAAACGAGAAAAACAGCAAGCCCAAGCAUCGAGUACUUCUACUGCCGACCAACGUUGA